AUGCUCCCGUUGACCACCCAGGACGCUGAGUCAGUCCGCCGCCCGCGCUUUUGCGAACCACACGACAACCUAGCCAAAAUGACUCUCGCCGUCGACCUUCUCAACCCCUCUGCCGAGGCCCAGGCCCGCACCCACAAGCUCAAGAAGAUUGUGCCCACCCCCAACUCGUUCUUCAUGGACGUCAAGUGCCCCGGCUGCUUCCAGAUCACCACCGUCUUCUCGCACGCCUCGACCGUCGUCCAGUGCGGCUCGUGCGCUACCGUCCUCUGCCAGCCUUCGGGCGGCAAGGCCAAGCUUACUGAGGAACUAGAUGGUUUCUUGCGGCUCGUCGGUUCCCUUGGUUCUAGCAUGAUCCACAUGUACUCAUUGACACAUAUGGCCGAGUGUGAGCGUGGGUGUUGCGCAGAGCAGCGCGACGCCGAGCGGCGCACGUGA